CGCGUUUCUUUUGCGUUUUGACGAUACCUGAUUGGCUGAGACUCAAGUCAAUCCCUGGAACAGAGUUGCCGUGUGACGCGUGCGCAUCCCAUUGUUUGCGUGAGGCCGUUUUUGGCGCGAGAGCGGUUCGCUCAGGCGCACGCUGAUUGGCUGGACGCGCCACUGGACGGAUGCAUGAGCGAAAGGCAGCAAACUCCUGUGUGCAGGGAAAAAGCCGCCGCCGCCUCAGCCUCAUUAUCCAACACGAAUAAGAAAACAUCGAAAAAUAUCUCAUGGGAACACUUUCCUCCCCGGACCAGGGAGCCACACAGGUCACACUUGCUCAUAGGAAAGACAUUCAGAAUAAGCAUGGCAAAGAAGAACCAGAACCGUGAAGAUGAUGAGGCUGCUUCCUCAGAUGAGGAAGAGUAUGUAGUGGAGAAGGUCAUGGACAGGCGAGUUGUGAAGGGCCGUGUGGAAUAUUUCCUGAAGUGGAAAGGCUUUACAGACAAACACAACACAUGGGAACCAGAGAAGAACCUGGACUGUCCAGAGCUUAUUGCUGAGUUCAUGAAGACCUAUAAAAAGGGAAGCAGCGGAAGCACACCCAGCAGCAAGCCCUCCAACACAGGCUCUUCUUCGGCCCGUCCCAAAGACAGUAGCAGCAGCAGCAGCAAGAGGAAAAACUCAGAGGAAGAGAACGGGAGCGGCAGCAAACCCAAAAAGAAAAAGGAGGAUGAGAUCCUUGUAGCGAGAGGUUUUGAGCGAGGCCUGGAGCCCGAGAAGAUUAUUGGGGCAACAGACUCCUGUGGAGACCUUAUGUUCCUUAUGAAGUGAAACACAUCUGAACCAAAGCCACAAGUCUGACCAUAUUCUAGUUAAAAUAACAGUGGACGUUGAAUUUUAAUUUAAAUCCCAUCACAAGUGGUCACAGGAGAUGCACGUUGAUACCAGGAGUAAUCUGGGAAGUGUCUCAACUGACCAAUUGUGAUUGGAUCACCCGAGACGGGUGUUAGGACAAAAGUGUCAAUGGCCACAUUUACACCUGGCAUUAUGUUUGAAAUGAUGCAAACUGAUCCAUUCUUUGUGUCAACUUUGCUCACAUCCACACUCCUGCCCUGUGUGAGACUGUACAACCAUUAUUCUUUUGUCACCAUUCUAUACCUAUUUACACUUGUACAUUUGAACCCUUCAUUGUAGUCUCCACUCUGCAUUUAUUUGUAUUUGUCUGUUUUACAGUUUCUGUAUUUCUCAUCUUGUGUUAUUUACAUAAAAAUAUAAUUGCAGUUCCUGACUGGUACCUGUACAGGGUAUGUUUAGCUUAGCAUACAUAAAAAUGUGCACUUUGACAGACAGACUACGGAAAUUACAAACCCUGAGUCCAUAAACGUGUUCCUUUUAUGAUUCUUUUCAUGUUUGUAUUUUCUUCUUAGAAUGUGGCAUAAAAUGCAUUGUUUAUUUCAGGAGCAGCCUUUUGUAUUGUAUAGCGUGUUUAGCACUACAAACCACAUAAUCCUAAUUGUCAUUUGCAUAAAUGUUCCAUUGGUCAAAUGUUACUAGUUUUACAGUGGCAUAAUACAAUAAAAUAAACCAUAAUUAAUCAGCAUAGCUA